GAGAGAGUGUAAGAGGAGCAGUACGACGAGCUACAGCAUCAGCAUAGGGAGCAGAUAGAGGCAUUAAGACAGGACUUGGAGCAUGAACAUCGAGCUGAGAUCAUGGACGUGCAGUCAGAGUUCAAAGUUCAACUUGAGAUCGAGCUGAAGAGACAGGCGGCAGACAUGACAUACGAUUUCGGAGAAAAAAUUAAAAAAUUGGAGGAAGACCAGAAAGAGAAAGAGCUGGAAGAGUUAGAGAUGAAGAUAGAACAGCUGGAAGAAAUGAAACAAGAGGGAGAAUUACAAGAAGAAAGCAAUGCAUCUGUGAAUCUCGCACAAUCCUCCUCUGAAAAUUACCCACAAUCCUCCUCUGAAAAUUACCCACAAUCCUCCUCUGAAAAUUACCCACAAUCCUCCACCGUGACCUUGGAUGAUGAUUCUCUGAGUAAGUCGACAGAGACAGCCAGUACGGUAAUCGACGCCCAGAAGAAUGUCAGACCGGAGAAGAAGAGUUCCGAGGACGUGGGCGACAAAACCGACGACGAAUUAGAGGACAAGACCGACGACGAAUUAGAGGAGAUGGAAUCGGAGGCACACGAAGAAGGCGGGAAACCCACCACAAUGGAGGCAGUUUCGAGACAGGACACUCUUAAGGAGAGUGAAGAUUUCGAAGAGGUCAGCGAGAGUAGCUCACCAGAGACCAGCGAGUCUCAGUCAGCAGUCGCCGUGAGUCAACUCAUGGGCACCAUCAAUCUCGCCAAGCAGGAGACGUUCAUGAAACUCAAACAAGAGUACGAGACCAAAAUCACUAAACUCACAGACGACCUAGAGCAGGCCAUGAUCCUAAACGACGAACGUGAGAAAUGCAUCGAUGAUAUAACGGACAAAUACAAGGCUAAAAUUCAAGAAAUGAGACGGCACUAUGAGAUGAGAAUUAAAGAACUCGAGGAAUCCGAUGUAGAUAUUGAAGAGAUCAAAGAGAAAGUGAAAGUAGAAUUUGUGAAAAAUUACGAGGCGGAGUUAGCACGAGUGCAUGUUGAGUACGAAGAGAAAAUGGAUCUGUUACGACAAGAGAUGCAGGAAAGUUAUGAUUCAGAGAAACAAGAAAUGGAAAAAAGACAUAAAAAGGAACUGGAGGCCUCGGAAGAGAAAUAUGACACACUUAUAGACAGGAUCCGUGGCGGUGAUGCUCCUGAGGUAGCGGAUCUCGUGAGAGACAGAAUCGACACGGAGCUCGAGAUGGCAAAGUCACUCAUGGAGCAAGAGUUCGAGGAAACCAUUGAAUCCGAACAGGCACGAUUUCAAGAAGAAAAAGAGAAAGAGAUAAACGAUUUACACGCACAACACGACAAAGAAAUGGAAGAAGCACGACAAACUCUGACAGAGGAAUUUCAGGCUAAGCUGGAGGCUAUGGAGAGUAAAUACAGCAAAGAGAUGGAGACUCUGCAGAGCCAGUUAGAGACCGGAAUGCACCAGAAUCUCGCUACCGAGUACAAGAUCCAGGAAUAUCAGGAUAAAAUUCAUGAACUCGAGACCGAGCUAGAAAAAUUUUUGAAAGAGAGUGAAUCCAGUGACGAGAAAUCGUCCAAGCGUACCGUGGACGAGUCUGGUGUCAUGGUGUCUGCUUCGAGUGAAUUCGACACGGAUGGAGAAACAAAGGAUUCUGGGAAGGGGACUUUAAAUAAGGGAGUGGAUCAAACAGAUUCUAGUGGAGGAUUUCAAGUUAGUGAAGUUUGUGAAGAAACUAGUGAAACUGGAGGAGAGGAUCUAAGAGAUUCAGGAGGAGAGGAUCUAAGAGAUUCAGGGGGGUUAGUUGUAGAUCAGUCGGUGAAGGAUUAUGAAAGUGAAAGUGGGAAGGAAGAAUUGACUCGGCGAGACUCCAGUGCUGAUUUAGACAACUCACUCCAGAACCUUAAAGGCUCGCAUGCUGCUGCUAUAGCUGAAAUAGAAGAGGAGUAUAACUCAAAGCUGGCCAGUCUGAAAGCAG